AUGGCGGAGGCUGCAGCUCCCGAGACGACCAGCCCGACAAGCCAACCAUCGGGGGCCGAAGCGGCAGCCGCAGAGAUGGCAGCAGGCUCCCCAGCACCUGUCCCGGCGGAGGCGGGGGCCCAAGGAGGCGACAACGACUGGACUAAACAAGUCACCUGCAAAUUUUUCAAGUAUGGCAUUUGCAGGGAAGGCGAUCGCUGCCGCUAUUCGCACGACCUCUCCGGCAGUCCUCCCCGCGUGGUGUGCAAGUAUUUCCAGCGAGGGUACUGCAUUUUCCGAGACCACUGCAGGUAUGAACACUGCGAACCGCUGGGACAGGAAGCGGCUGCUAUGGAUCGAAAUGCAAACCUGUUCUUUGUCGCUGUCUCAAGGCUCUCGGCAGUGGUUGGACUGAUCGCUGAAGCGAAUCCGGGUGAGGCUGGGUCAAGAAAUUCAAACUUGGCCGCUGGAGGAGCAGCUUCCGAAGACUGGGCGAAUGCCCCCGAGUUUGUUCCUGGGCAGCCGUACCGCGGCCGCGUUGCUCCUGCUCGCGCUGAGGCAGCACUGCAGACUCCCGUGACCAACGAAGACUCCCGCGAGCGUCCACUGUGCCGCUAUGCGGCCGUCGGACAGUGCCGCUAUGGAGACAACUGUAUGGAUCUCCACGGAGACAUCUGUGAUCUGUGUGGACUGCAGGCUCUGCAUCCCGCGGACGCUGCCCAGAGGUCGCUACACAUCAGAUCCUGCAUCGAGACCCACGAGAAGAACAUGGAGCUCUCGUUUGCUGUCCAACGCAGUAAGGACAAGGUGUGUGGGAUCUGCAAAGAGGUGGUCUACGACAAAGCCAACCUCAGCGAGUGCCGCUUUGGGAUCCUUCCUAACUGCAACCACACCUACUGUCUCAAGUGCAUCCGCAGGUGGAGGAGUGAUGGGGAAUUCGCGAUCAACAUCGUCAAGUCCUGCCCCGAAUGCCGGAUCAUGUCUGACUUCGUUGUUCCAAGUGAGCACUGGGUGGAGGAGAGAGAAGAGAAGCAGAAACUCAUCCAGCAGUACAAGGACGCAAUGAACAACAAGGUAUGCCGAUAUUUUGGUGAGGGACAUGGGAUCUGCCCGUUUGCACAGCACUGUUUUUAUAAGCAUGCAUACCCUGAUGGCCGUAGAGAGGAGCCACAGUAGAAUGUGGGCACAUCAAGCAGAUACUGGCCCUAAGAAAGGAACCACUUCUGGGAGCUCAUUGAGGAAAGAGAGAACAGCAGCUCCUUUGACUACGAUGAACAGGCUGUCACCUCCAAGCUGGGAAAGAUGUUGCUUAUGCUUUUGGCUACUGAUGGGGACAAUGACUUGAUGGGCUCUGAAGACAAGUGGGACUUGUGUCAGGAAGAGCUGGCAGACUUUUAG